AUGCGUUUUGCACUCGCUACAAUUAUAAUGGCCUUACCACUAGCCAUCUGCGCGCCAACCAACACCCAGAUUAUCACAGUUCUCUAUCGCUGGGAGAAGGAAGCGAAUGAGCACGGAAUUGCUGCUUUCGGAGAGUUCGACACUCUGAUUGGGCACUCCUGCAGUAAAGUUCUUAAUACAGGCAGCUUCGCUACUGCUCCUAUCUCUUUCAACCUUACAAAGGACAAUGGUGCAGGCUUCAUUACAGUGGAUGGCUCUGAGCAUAUGAUCCAUACCAAUUCUCAGUACUCGAACGGCCCUACCUGUACUAGAGUGUACAAUCAAGCAAUGGUGGAGUUGGACUGCCAGGUGACCCUACCUAGCGGCUUCCAAGGAGUCCCACUAUCUGCGAACGAGGUGUCGUGCUUUCAGAGAUUAGCUAAAGGCAUUCGCGUGCUAAACACCGCUCUUGUUAAUGACCCAAAGUACGCAGCAAAUGACGCUGACUUCGGGAUGAAAGAGCCGAAACAUAAUGCUAUAACUUCGCGGAGUAAUGACUUAGUGGACAGACAAUGCGUUGUUUCUUACGCAACCGAGCCGCAGGCGGAAAAGGACCCAUGGCAGCGUUUCUUAGGAAAACAACUUACUGUGAGUAUGAGUGUAUUCUAA